AUGGUCGAUACUCCCUACGUACCGCAAAGCCUCUUCCAGUGUCCUUCUGACUUGUGUCUGGAGUUUUUUCCCAAUACGGAUCACUUCUUCGCCCACUGGAGUGCACAUGGUGGUUGUCCGAAAUGCUCGGUCCAGAGCGGUGGGAAAUACAAUCUCAGAGUACAUUGGAUGCGAGUGCACUACAAGGAUCUUCCUUUUCCGACUGACUUUCCAGGACUCUCUGACGAGUUCAAGGAUUGCCAAGCUUGUAGCGACAAGAAUGUGUUGGAUGUGGAUAAACACAACCAUGUGAGGAAGAAAGGACACCCCAUGGGGUUGACCCACUUGGUUUCAGCUUCGCAGUGGACUCGAAAACCAGUUGAUGAGGUACGCUCAGAAGCUGCGGCGAACGACACGCCACCUCCGCCUUAUCUCUCUGAUGUAAUAGUAUCGAACACUGCCCUGAAAUCGCGGUUGGCGGAUGCCACAAGCCUGUUUCCAAACGUCAACGUACCUUCGGUCGACGUGAAUGGCGAUCUGAUGACCGGAGAAUCGAGUCCCGAUAGUCCCAAUCCUGCACUUCUUACUUCGAGUUUCCUCAAUGCAACUCUGGACUGGAAUCGUAAUACAGCAACGGGAAAUGCUCAAGUCUUGCACUCAUCGGGUCAUGCCCUUGAGAUAUCUGAUCUUAUUAGAAACCGCAUCUCUGAGCUAUCUGAUGAUAUGGAAGUUAGUGAACCCUCGAUUGCGCUCAACCAAGGACCUGGGAACGAUCUUGUCGAAGACUCGUCAGAUGAUCGAUUGAUCCGACCCCCGAAACGCCCUUUGGCUGGGGAGGACCAACAAUUUUCUCGUCCACCCCAUCGAAUUAAGAUCAUUCACACAUCGACCACUGAGCAUCUCGCGGACCAAGAUGUGGGGCAAGAUUUGCGAUCAGUUCCGCACGAAGGUGCAUAUGUCAACAAUACCUAUGCGAUCCAGGGCGCUGAUGAUACCAAAGCUCAAGGUCUCUGGUGUUACCGAGUCCUGGGAGAAGUCCCGAUUAACAGUCAUCAGGUUCAAAGACGAUCGUACAGCUUUUCACACCCCAGCUUUAGAGUGGACCUCAGAAGCGAACUCACGAUCGCCGUCAAAAAACUUCAACCUACAAUACAUCGAGAUGCUUCGGAAAGACACAAGCUUCAAAAGUGGAUCCGGCGAGUGAGGACCGUUCCUUGUAAAUUGCAAAGCGAAACAAUAAAUGUCUUCAACAUCAAAGAUAAAACGACCUGGCUGGAUGGUGAACGUACGUUGAAGACUUGGAUAUACUACAAGAUCAUAGACGAUGACUCAGCAGUAUUCGAAUUCUGCAGGAGAGGAAACUACGAUGAUCUCAACAAAGCUCUGUCUACAGGUGGAGCCACUGUAUACGAUGUCAACUCUGAUGGGAUGACAUUGUUUCAUGUUGCCGCGGAGUUUUGUCAGCCCGAGAUCUGCAAACUUCUGCUAGAGAAAGGUGCUAACAUCUGUGGGCGUGAUUGGACAAGACGACAAAGGACUGCAUUUGGAUGCGUGUGCGACCCUGAGAAGGAACGGACUCAUGUUGAUGCGCAUCGAAUGCUUGAGACAUUCCGCGUGCUCUUGGACCAUGGCCAUGACAUAAUUGUCUCCCACGAGGUAGACUCGGACAUCAUCCGUCUUUGUGUUUCCGUCGAAAUGCUUGAGUCACAAGCCUCGAUUCGUGCAGUUGCAACAAUUUUCAACAACUACCUUGAUUCAUCCAGCUGCGAAGGAUUGUUUCCAGAGCUUGAUACGCACGACAGUACUCAAGACUUGCUCUCCUGGUGGCAGGGAGAAAUAAUGCCAGUACUGGAACAUCAUACACUUGAUGAAGAUCAACUACUCGACAUUCUCUCGAAAAACAGUCUACGGACGUUACAGACCUAUCUCCUCCGUGACGUCAAAUCUGUUCAGGAGCAUGACUCCAUCUACGCACCAUCACCAUUUACGAAUGACUUGCUUCAUGCAGUUGGAGACCUCAACUUCCGAGUGCCGUUCCAAUAUCGAGAUGAGUGCUCCAACGACAUCAGUCUAUUAGAGCUUUCGUCUCAGAGCAUCAUGUCCUGGACAUAUCUUCAAAGUGUUCUGGAACAUGCCGAGAUCUCCUGGCCAGCUCUCAUUGAGGACGAACUAAGGUUACCACAUUGCCCAUGGUCUGCACCAUUCCUGAUCGACCUGUCGAGAAUAAAUGCAGACACCUAUUUUGAGGAUCUCCGAGAGCGAUGCCCCAAGCUUAUGAUCUGGUACAGCCAGCAAUUUGAUCAUGAAUCUUUGGAUGAUGUUCUUGAAUGGCAAAGUAUCAUGGCUGCUUUGAAGCAAGGACAGUCGUUCAAAUCUGUGCAUGAGACAAUCAUAUGCAAUCUAGAACGAUUCAAUCGAUUGCUUGAACAGCAAGCGGAGAUGAGCGAUGGCGACAGUGAUACGAGCGACUCGGUUGAUGGUAAUGAUAGUGGUAAUGAUGAUGACGACGACGAACAUAUUGAUGACGACAUUUGUCGCCCAUCAACGAGAUGGAGAUUCUGGAUUUGA